AUGCCGUACCGGGCGGUGCGCGAGGACGAGCGGGGCGGGAGGGCGGCGGAGCAGCCCGGCGACCAACCGCCAGCAGCAGCAGCGGGGGCCGCCGGGAGCGCCGGGUUCAGCGGGCUGGGCGCGGGCAGCUUGGUGUCCAGACUGCUCUUCUUCUUGACCGCCGAGAGCAGCCAGAGCCGUUUCUGGUGGGGCGCCGCGCCGUGGCUGGGUCUCAUUCCCCCACUCAGCUCAAAUUCUUCCGAUUCUGAUUCUACUAAGAUGCCUCAUUCUCACGUCAAGCAUUCCUCUCAAGACACGAAGAAGUCCCAAACCAAAGUCCUGAAGAGCCCGAACCGCCCCAAGAAUUCUCCAAAAAGAGAAAUCCCCAUCAAGUUCCCAAAGCCGAACAAAACUAACUUGAAUGAACUGAUUUCUCAGAAGCCCGACCGCGUGGAGGAUAGAAGGCAACCUCCAAAGGUAUCAAAAAAUUGGCGUGAUCAUUAUUCUUCAUGCAGCAACCCACCCAUAUCUGAAUCAACCUCCUCCGAUGAUGCUGACGAUGAAGGAUUUGCAAAUGGUUGUGUUGAAAAUAACGACUCCGAGACGGACGACGACACCGCUGCUUAUAAGCCUCCUAAACGGCCUUCCAAAGGACAUCGUCGCCGCGGGGUUGUUGAAAGUGAACAUGACUCUGGUUCUGUCUCCAAUGAUGCCGAUUGCUCCAAUUCCGACAACACUAACGGCCAUGGCUCAGACUCCGCCAACAACUCUGAUGCCAAUAACUGA